AUGCAUCGUCAACAAACGCUACCCGCCCCUCGUGCUUCAUCUCCCAAUAUUGAAUCAACCAUCUGUCAAUUUGGAGAGGAAGACAAUCCGGGUUUGUUCGAAAGUGUUAUUAUCCGCGUUUCAAAAGCUACAUCAACCAUCAACAUGCAAGAUGGACAACGACGUCGAGAAGAUUCUACGCUGUAUUUUCCCCGUGAAUAUCUAGGCCAGCAAACCGAUCCCUUCGCGCCAGGUUUCCGGAUGCCUUCAAGCCCCCUGGAGAUCACACUCGACCAACCCCUACUGCCACAUAGCCAUCCGACCGGAGGUUCUUGGAAGCCAAUUGUCCAGAGCGGGAUUCCUUUUGGCGCACCUCAGUUUAUUCGUGCCAGUGCGGAAUUCAUCUCACCAGAAGAAGCACCCCUAGCCUGGCGCCCUUGUAAUGUUGCAGGAACCUCUAUGGUUGCAGAGCCUGUAGUUCCACAGACCUUAACUACGAAUUAUAUCGAUUCCAUAAUUCAGUUACCUUCGCUGCAAUUUAAGCCUAUCCCCCAGUCUAGGUCAAUAUUCACGGAUCCCAACAUCUCACUGUCAUAUUAG